GCUCAGUUCAACAUUGGUGUCAAGGUCAUUGUUCUCAACAACGAGGAGCAGGGUAUGGUCACACAAUGGCAGAACAUCUUCUACGAGGAUCGAUAUGCCCACACUCACCAGAGCAACCCCGACUUCAUCAAGCUCGCCGAGGCCAUGCGCGUCCAAAACCGACGUGUCUCGAAACCUGAGGACGUUGUCGAUGCCCUGAAGUGGCUCAUCAACACCGACGGCCCUGCUCUGCUGGAGGUCGUCACCGACAAGAAGGUUCCUGUCCUGCCCAUGGUGCCUGUCGGUUCCGGUCUACAUGAGUUCCUCGUCUUUGACGGAGCCAAGGACAAGAAGAGACGUGAGCUGAUGAGAGAGCGUACCUGCGGUCUGCACGGCUAA